CCCAACUUUGCUUCGACCUUCAAACUUGAACUUCCGACUUCAUCUCUCUCUAUCUUCCCUAUACACAAUCGCUCUAUUCGUCGCUCUUUUGCCCUAAAAGGCCUGUCAUUCAUUUUUUCCCCUUCAUAUUCUCUGGAUUCUCACCAGUAGUCUUUCCUUCUCUCCCUUUUUUUUUUUUCCCUUUGCUCCUGCUACACGUUCAUAAAGUCAUCCUUGACUGUUCGGUUGUUGUCUUCGAGAUCAGAUCACCUGAGAAUCUUUCUAAUUAUUCAAUUUUCCACUGUGGCCAAAAUGCUUUUCUCAAAAUCCGCUGUUGUUUUCUCCCUUCUGGCGCUCACCCGCGUCGCAGUGGGCGCUCUCCCACCUGCAUGUCUGCUCGACGUCGUUGGUGGCCAACCCAGCCCGUCUGAUCUCAAUACUAUCUGCGGCUCAAAUGCCAGCAAGAUCCAGUCCCAGAUCUCCUCUACCUGCAAGGGUAAUGCUCAGGCAGCAUUGAGCGCGUUCUCCAGCACCUGCUCUUCGGCCGGUCACAAGAUCGUCACUCAUUCAUCUACCACAUCUGGCGCUGAGACUUCCACAACUGGCACCCACGGUACUCCUACUUCUGGCCCUACCUCUGCCACCCCAGCCAUUUCAGGAUCAAUCGUUCCGUCAAGCUCUGGCUUUGUUACCGCUGUUGCUACGCCCUCUCCUUCCGGUUAUCCCAGCGGUAUUCCCGUUGCAACUCCAAGCCAGACUCCCUCUAGUGCUUUUCCCCUUAGCAACGGAGCUUCUUCGCCGAACAAACAAAUGUCUGCCGCUGCUUUCGCCGCUGUUGUAUUUGUCGGAUUUGCGGCUACUCUGUGAGAAUAUGCUGAUACUGCCUUUGUAUCUUUGGCUUUGGAUAUCGACCUUUGACCUGCCAACUCUCGAGACAACAUCUUAUAUUAUUAUCUUAAAUAUACAAUUUCUAUAGAAAUACAAAUUGGGUGUAUGCAGAA